AGACUCCUGGACAUUUUUGGUGGCAUGUUCUGCAGUCAUGGCUAGAGUCUGGUUACAAUUAUGUCUACCGUUCUUCUUAUUUACAAGCGCACUCUGUCUGGAUGUGAGUCAAAUCCAAGUUCCUACAAACGAUGGAAUUUCUGGAGUAUUGUUAAUCCAAUCCAACAGCAAUGUGUACAGUUUUAAUGCCACCGCAGCCAAAGAAGCAUGCGAGGCUAUUAAAAUGAGAAUGGCUACAAAGGCUGAAGUAGAAACAGCAAACAAAAAUGGUUUACAGACAUGCAGGUUUGGUUGGGUUGAGGAGCAAAUCGCAGUUAUUCCUCGAAUCGAGAAAAGCGAAAAAUGUGCUAAAAACCAGUUAGGCGUUUCUGUUUGGAGAGCUGACGUCAGCAAAAUGUUUGACGUUUACUGUUUUAAGACAGCAGGUUCUGAUGGAUCAUUUGAAACAACAUCAAGCAGGCCUCAAUCUACAACAGGAGGAACAAUGCCAUCAAACAACCAUUAUUCCACUAAAUCAACCCAUACAUCUUCCAUUAGGUCAACCUCUACUCCUGUCUACACAUCAAGAUCCCUGCCUCCACGUACAUCCACUCCAUCCGCUUCCUCCUCAGCAUUUGUAACAUUUCGUCUUUCUAGCAUCAGAGACAGUUCCAAAGCAGCAACAAGCACUCAGUCUUUUUCAUCUCCAAAAAUGUCCUCUGAAUUCUCAACCUCAUCUUCUUCUGCUUCAUCCACUCAUUUUCUUCUUCAGCAUAGCUCAAAUCCAACCGGUCAUCCUGCACUGUCCCAGACCGCUAUGCCUGACAGACCAUCCGCUAGAGCAGCUCCCAAAACAUUAAUCAUCACUUCCACUGUGUUGCUGUUAUUGCUGGCAGCGGCAGGUGCAGCUUGGUAUCUCAAAACUAAAAGACAACUGUUUACAUCCUGGUCCAGAAUGAGGCAAGAAGAGAUGAAUGAAACCGAGAUGUUUAAACGAAUAAAUGAGAGGCAUUGUACGCCAGAACAGACCAGCAAAGGCAACGACAAUAGCAAAUGCAACUUCAUCCUUAAAAUGGAACAAGACUCAUCCUAAAAAUGCUGCAUUUUUGUGAAAACUACAUUUGGAACUACAUUUUUUAUCUUUUUUUUAGGCUGGAAAAAGUGGUCAGAUGUUAGCCACUUUAUUUUUCGUUUGCUGCUCAUUUAAUUUUCAAAUAUUAUUUUAUGUUCAAAUGUCCAUAACGAAUGUAAAUACUAGUCUAUUCAUUACGACGCCGUUUUAGUGCCACCUUCAAAAAAAAAAAAAAAAAAAACAAGAAUAAUGUCGAAAGAUGUUGAUGUUUCAAGAAUAAAGCUUAAAGUUAUAGCCUAAUUUUUUGAUAUAUCCAUUUGUGCAUACAACUGGUCUGGAUAAGGAGCAUCGGGGGACAUUCCAAAAUAUAUGACAUAUCGUUGUAAUCGCUUAAGAUUUUUGGUAAUUAGUAAUUAAUUUGUAUUAUUUAUAUAAAUUAUGUAUAAUUGUAUGUAUAUAUAUAUAUAUAUAUAUAUAUAUAUAUAUAUAUAUAUAUAUAUAUAUAUAUAUAUAUAUAUAUAUAGUCGCAUCAGUGCUAAUAUUUGAGGAUUAAAGGAUUAAUGUGGCCUACUAUUCUUACCUGCUUUGUUGUUAACAUAUUUUAGGGUGAUGUUACCAAGGUAAUAAAUGUAUGUAUGUGUGUGUGUUCUUACAGCUUGUAUGUUAGUAAAGUGAAAUCACAUCUUAA